UACAUCUAAAAGCCCGCCCACUGUAACACUCUCAUUCGUCCGUUCAAUUGUCAAUCCACACGCCGGAACUACGAUUAACAGGACCUUCUGUGGCGCAAAAAUGGAGGAUAACAUUAAAGAUCUCAGCCGACCUCAGAUGUAUUUGUUUGGUUGCUCAUUGAAAGCAGAUAAGAAAGAGUACAAAGUUGAGCUGGAUGAUGAUGAGGCUGAACAUCAGCUGUCACUCAAGGCGGUGUGUUUGGGUACAGAGGCGGAGGAUAAAUUCCACACCGUGGAGAUGGAAGGAUUGACUUACGAUGGCAAAAUGACCAAAAUCACUCUCGCUGUACUGAAGCCGUCCGUUCUGCCUUCUCUAAGUCUGGGAGGUUUUGAGGUCACGCCUCCUGUGUCCUUUCGUCUGCGGUCUGGAGGGGGGCCAGUCUACAUCAGCGGUCAGCAUUUCGUCAGUGUAAAGGAGUCAGAUGAUGAGGAUGAGGAAGAAGAGAAUAACACAUCACCAGUGAAGAGACCAUCCAACAUGACCCUCACAAAAGUGCCUCAGAAAAAGCUGAAAAUGGACUCUGACGAAGAUGAGGAUGAGGACAGCGAGGAAGAUGAUGAUGACGACGAUGAUGAUGAAGAGGACGACGACAAAGAAGAAAAGACAGUUAAAAAGAGCCCCAUCAAAACCCCUCAAAAAACCCCAGAGAAGAAGAAAAGUGCAGAUAAGCAGAACGGCUCUCCAGACAAGAAAGCGGAGGCAUCAGGGAAGCCCCAAAAUCAGACACCACAGAAAGUAAAAGACAAGUCUGCAGCAGGGCCUUCUGGGAAGAGUCCCAGCACUCCCAGCCUGAGUGAGGUCAAAAACAAACUAACAUCAGCAGCUAAAGAGGGGAGGCCACUUCCAAAGACGGAACAGAAGUUUGAGAACUACGCUAGAAGUGCUUUCAAGAUCUCUGAUAAACAAGUGAUCAAAGACCUUUGGAACUUUUUACAAUCACUAAAAAAGUAAUGGCUGCUCUGCGCUCCCCUUCCCGUCCCGGUGCAGCAGAAGUCUGGGGUUAGCCAGUAACAGCACUUCAGCUGUGCGAUCUGGCCUCUUCCCCUCUUAACGUGAUCCGCCUGCCCUUCUCUGCCCUUCUCUCUAGAUGGAUGGAGCAGAAGGAGCCUCAGCAAUGGCAGAGAUAUCAUGCUUCAUGUUUUAUAUUUUACUUUCUUUUUAAUUAUGGAUUCUCUUUUUUUUUUGUCAGGUCCACAAUGGUUUCUUAGAAGAACAUUUAAUGGGAUGUUUUGCCAAGGCAGUUAUAAGUAUAAAAUGCUACUUAAGGGUGAAUCUCACGAAAUCUUAUCAAGAGCAUGCCCAGAUCAUAUUUCACUUUAAAAUCAAAAGAAAGAAAAAAAAGGAAAUUAUAUUGUGCAUAAAGAAAAUGAAGUCUAUUUUGGACCAAAUAUAUUUUUUUGCACAGUGACAUUUUCAUAAGAAUUAAGCAUAUUUCCCUCAAAAAAAAAAAAAAAAUGUAAUGUGGAUUUUUUUUUUUUUUAAAUCAUGUAACCUUUGUUGUAUGGAAUCUAAUUUAUGGUGAUUUAAUUUAAAAAAUACAGUAUGAAAUGAGUUAAAGUAUACUAUAUUAUAGUAAUGUGAAUGCUUUUGAGAAUAAUGAAAACAUUACAUGACAAUUUAGGAUGGAAAAGUUUGAAAAAAAUUGUAAUGGUCAUAAAAAUAUGCUUUGUUUUCUUAAAGGAUUAGUUUACUUCAGAAUUAAAAUUUCCUGGUAAUUUACUCAUCUGCAUGUCAUCCACGAUGUUUGUCUUUCUUUCUUCAGUUGAAAAGAAAUUAAGGUUUUUGAUGAAAACAUUCCAGGAUUUUUCUCCAUAUAGUGGACUUCACUGGGGUUCAACAUGUUGAAGGUCCAAAUGUCAGUUUCAGUGCAGCUUCAAAGGGCUCUACAUGAUCCCAGACGAGGAAUAAGGGUCUUAUCUAGCGAAACAAUAUAACAUUUUCAAAAAAAAAAAAAAAAAAAAAAAAAAAUUAUAUACUUUUUAACCACAAAUACUUUUCUUUCACUUUCUUUCACUUCCACCUACGUCACACGUGACCUUUCCAACGUGAUUACGUAAUGCGUGGCGCAUCACAGAGCAUUGCAAGACCAGCAUUUGUGGUUAAAAAGUAUACACAUUUUUAUUUUAUUUUUUUUUAGAAAAUGCCAUAUCGUUUCGCUUGAUAAGACCCUUAUUCCUCGUCUGGGAUCAUGUAGAGCUCUUUGAAGCUGCAUUGAAACUGCAAUUUGAACCUUCAACCCGUUGAACCCCAGUGAAGUCCACUAUAUGGAGAAAAAUCCUGGAAUGUUUUCCUGAAAAUUCUUCAAAUUUUUUUUUUUUUUUUUUUUUGACUGAGGAAAGAAAGACAUAAACAUCUUGGAUGACAUGGGGGUAAGUAAAUUAUUGGGAAAUUUUAAUUCUGAAGUAAACUAAUCCUUUAAUGCAAAAUUUCCUUUUGAUUUUUGGGUAAAAUGUGAUCCUGUUUAUGAUACGUUUUUAUAUGUAAAAUAUGAUAUGUUUUUGUGAGUGUCACUCUUAAGAAUUAAAUAGAAAACUGAUAUUGCUUGGUGCUGGUUUAUCACAUAAUUUAUUUUAGGGAUAUUUUUUGUGAUGCCAUUUGAAAAAACAACAACACUUGAACAUUAUCAUGAGCAAAAUAGCUUUUCGCACUACCAGCCCAAGACCAAUUUGCUUCUGGCGUAUAUUUGAAACCACAAUCACUGUAAAUCGUCCCCUUAAUUUCUUUUGUAAAGAUGGCAGCUGAAGUGUAAUAAUGCUAACAUUGAGUGUUCUUUCUGAUUGAAGAUUCCGUCUAGCUCGCAGUAUUCCGUUCAGCCCUCAAGAUUCUGCUUUGCUGCAAUUCCAAUGGCCUUCAACAUUUAAACUUUACUACACUCUAAAAAUGCUGGGGUAAAAACAACCCAAGUUGGGUUGAAAAUGGACAAACCCAGUGCUUGGGUUAAUUUCUGCUGGGUAGUUUUAUUUAACUCAACUAUUGUUUAAAAAUUACUGUAUUGCUUGCUUAAAACAAUACAGUACAAUACAAUACAGUAAUACAUCUUAAUUUUAAGCCAGCCAUAUAGUCAUUUGUAAACAAUAGUUGGGUUAAAUAAAACUGCCCAGCACAUUGGGCAAACAUUUAACCCAACUACUGGGUUAAAACAACCCAGUCAAUGGGUUUGUCCAUUUUUAACCCAGCAUUUUUUUUUUUUUUUUUAGUGUAUAAUCUCAAGUGCUAUAAACUAUCCAAUAAAAUUUGUCUUUAAAAUUGCGGCCAGAAUAUAAUACCUCGUUAAAAAAAAAAAAAAAGAUGAUGAUGAUUGUUAGUCCAAGGUUUAGGUCAUUAAAUGUGACAAAAAAGAUGUUUAGUUGAUUUGAUGCUUUGAAAUCCAGCUUUCUGUAUAAUAUGUUGUUUUUUUUGUCAUAUCGGUUGUUUUUAUUUUUGCACUAAACCAUUUUAAUUUGUUAGUUAAAACCCUUCAAUAUAUGUAGGUGUUUUUGAAAAUGGAAAAAACUGUCCUUGAUCUCUUUUAAUUAGUUUGAUGUUCUGUAGCUCUGAAUGCAAGUAAAAUUGGUACAAUUUUUUUUUUUUUUUUUUGCGCAUCAUGCAUUUGCUGCAAGCAGUGCAUUGCAACAAAAUUAUAUUGUUCCCAUUAUGAUACAAAAUGGUGUACAAUUCGACUGCACUGUUGCUUGUUGUUUGUUGAUAUUGAUUAUAUUUGGAGCAAUCUAGUUUUGUCAAAUCAUGCUUCUCGCUUGCAGUGUUAUAUUGGGUUUCAUGCCUUUCUUGAAUGGAAAUGGAGGUAAUCCAACUUUAGUUAAAUAAAUACUGUACUUUUGUCUGUCAAUUAUAACAAUGUGAAGUAGCUUAUACUUUUUACCAGUCUUUGGAUUAAAGGGUUAGUUCACCCAAAAAUGAAAAUUCUGUCAUUAAUUACUCACUGAAGCUCUGAACAUAUACAGGGUAGGAAAUUGACAGGAAAGAGAAGAAAGUUUUGAAUAAAGUCGUUCUUUUUUUUUUUGUUUUGUUUUUUUUUUGUUUAUGUGCACAAAUAGUAUUCUCAUCGCUUCAUAACAUUAAGGUUGAACCACUGUAGUCAUGGACUAUUUUAACGAUGUCUUUACUACCUUUUUGGGCCCUGAAAGUGAUAAUUAAAUUGCUGUCUAUGGAGGCUCUCGGAUUUCAUCAAAAAUAUCUUAAUUUGUGUUCCGAAGAUGUACGAAGGUCUUGCGGGUUUGGAAUGACACGAGGGUGAGUAAUUAAUAACAGAAAUUUCAUUUUUGGGUGAACUAACCCUUUAAGGUAACCAAGUUCACCAGUAAGGUGUUGUUGUGGCUGCUAACAUUAAAGGCCAGAGUCAGAUCAUGUUCUCAGAGUUUUCAGAGCAAGAAGUCUGGCUAGACUGACGCAAAACAAACUACAUUGUGCACAACUAGAUCAUUCUGAUUAUAGUCAACAAAACGUUGUAAUCUGAAAAUGUUCAAUGCAACGCACAGGCUGACGCCCCAUUCAUGUGUAUGUUGCAUUGGACAGGUGCUCCAUGCAGUGUCCUUCUAAAAUAACAUUUAUUAACAAUAUUAUAGGUGUGAAUUGAUUGAUAAUAAUUUUGUUUAUUAUUAGACCUACAUAAUCUCUGACCAUUGCAUCAAAAGCAGCUCUGUUCGAGUAAAUCUGUUGGAUUAUGUUCUUAAAACUUGUAACACUCGCCAACAAAGACCAUACCGAGCACCAUUUAGUGGAAAAGGAGUAAAUUAUGUCCGCUGAAUAACCUCAGCAAUCAUUUCUCCUCCUCUAGAAAGUCUCGCCCCAUUUCUCCAUCUUAAGGUGUUCACCUGAUUGGCUUGUUUGAAGAAACAGUGUUUUUCGUCCCAUCAUUGUUUGAAACAGAAUGAAUAAAAGUGACAACUGAA